AUGGUGGAGGAUCAGGGAAGGAGGGCAGCAAGGAGGAAGCUGGAGGAGCGAGGAGAUGAGUUGAGCAGGAGAGGUGGACCAAGGCCAGCACUUGUCUCUACCUGCCUGAUGCUGUCUCUUCUAUCCUGCUGGGUCGAUGUCGGGAUGGGGUGGGCAGUUCCAGGACCUUGUGUGCAAACUGCUCACGUCGCCGUAUCUUCAUCGUUCUACCGGCGAGGUCCCCGGGCAUCAGCACUCGUCGAGCACAGAAGAUCAUCAUGCUCGAUGCCGACUAGGAUGUCAGAUCAAGAUGAUCAAGAAGAAGAGGACGACGACGACAAGGAGGGCAAACUUCAGGACCUCGCUGUCGCUCGUCGCUCAUUGCUCGGUCUGAUUCUAGGGGGUGGGGUUGUGGCGAUGACGAAGAUUUACGGAGAGUCGGAGCUGCUGCAGCUUGACUCCAUGUGGAGGAAGACCUUUCCUCAGGAGAGGAAGGCAAUCAGGCCUUCUGUGGACCCCACGUUUGUUUCAGAUCUGGGGGACUUGAUCAGGGCGGUAGCUGUGGAGGAUCUUCGUCUGGUUGCGGGAGAUGCCUUGGCUUCAGAGGAAACUGAGGUUGCCUCAAAGGCUGCUUCCUUCUUCAGGAUGCCUGACGGCGGACAGCAAGCAAGAUCACUGUUGGAUGAGCGGAGGACUGUGGAAGCCCUUUGGAUGGAUGAGAGGAUGGCGAACCUGGCUCUGUAUGCGAGGAUCCACACGAUUGGGUCGAGGCUUGCGAGUCCUUUGAGCAGGAAGCAAUACGUUGAGAGCGUUGGGAAAAGAUUUUUACAGUCCUCAUUCUUCGGAGGUGAAUUUUCAGCAGCCAAGUACCGGGUGAAGGACCCGAUCCAGGACUAUGCAGUGUGGUAUGAGGGCCUGAAGGAGCUCUUGCGAUGUUACACCGCAAGAGGGUACGGGAUCUGCAGCAUCGGUGAGAGGGGCACAGGAAUGCUGGACGAGAUCUCGUGGAGAGAGGAUCGCGAGUCCUCGUUCACUGUCUUUGUCUCCGACCUGGCCGUCAACGAUGCUGCACAGGCUCUGGCAGGAGAGUCGAUCAACGACCUUGCGGAAGUCAUGCUCCCAACUCCCGUCAUCGUCGAGUAUCUUCGCGCCAUGGGGAUCCAGAAAGCUACUAUCUCAGUAGCGUCUAUACCAGGAAUCCAGCUGACUACCAUCCCGACUCCUUAG